AAGGGGCGGGAUACAAACCUUGUGGUCAUAAAAACGAGGUUUACAAUUUCGUAAAAAUUUAAUUCUCGUUUUACAUGUGGCUACUUUUUCUGCUGUUGAAUUUGGAAGCGUUGAUAAAUCUUGUCAAUUUCAUAUCUGCUCCAGUUUUUAAUUGAUAGUCAGACCAGGAGAUCUUUAAAAACUUUUAGAAAAGAUGUCUUCAGAGAUUCCGGAGAUUUUCAAAGCUCUGCUAGAGGACCCCUUCACUGUUCCUACAUUUGAUUACAACGACAAUGACAAGGAUAAGCUUUUUACGGGGGACAAUGUGGACCUUGGAGGCGGGAGCGGGAUGGGUCCGUCGGCCGCCCUGACCCCCGCCAUCUGGGACAAGACCAUCCCGUACAACAGGGAGACCUUCCACCUGGAGUACAUGGACCUGGAGGAGUUCCUCAUCGAGAACGGCAUCCCCACCUCGUCCCUGGACAAUGCUCUCGACAUGAAAAUUGCAGAGAAGAAGACAAAGAAGCCAACCAGCACCGCGACAGCCCCAGACGCCCCAAUCUCCCUGCUGCCGGUCCUGGAACUAGACCAGUGUGAAGAGGAGGUGGUCACCAUCACCCUCAACAGUGCUGAUAUCACAGGCAACACCGAGGUGGUGACAGACAAGGACAGGCUGACCCCUGAAACCAUCGACCCGGAGGAGAUUGAGGUGAACGUGAACUUUGAUCCGGACCCUACAGACCUGGUCCUGUCCAGCGUUCCUGGAGGAGAGCUGUUCAACCCACGCAAACACAAGUUCUCAGAGGAGGAACUCAAACCACAGCCCAUGAUCAAGAAGGCCAAGAAGGUGUAUGUACCUGAGGAUUCUAAGGAUGAGAAGUACUGGCAGAGGAGGAAGAAGAACAACGUGGCGGCGAAGCGUUCCCGGGACGCGCGCCGCCUCAAGGAGAACCAGAUCACGGUGCGGGCGGCUUUCCUGGAGCGUGAGAACACGGCACUACGACAGGAAGUGGGCGAGCUACGGAAUGACUUUGCCCGCAGCAAGAAUGUUGUGGCCCGCUACGUGGCCAAAUUCGGAGAACUUGCAUUGCUGGAAGACCAGUAGACUAUUGUUGAUUUACAGUGGGGCAAAAAAGUAUUUAGUCAGCCACCAAUUGUGCAAUUUCUCCCACUUAAAAAGAUGAGAGAGGCCUGUAAUUUUCAUCAUAGGUACACUUCAACUAUGACAGACAAAAUGAGAGAGAAAAAAAUCCAGAAAAUCACAUUGUAGGAUUUUUUAUGAAUUUAUUUGCAAAUUAUGGUGGAAAAUAGGUAUUUGGUCAAUAACAAAAGUUUAUCUCAAUACUUUGUUAUAUACCCUUUGUUGGCAAUGACAGAGGUCAAACGUUUUCUGUAAGUCUUCACAAGGUUUUCACACACUGUUGCUGGUAUUUUGGCCCAUUCCUCCAUGCAGAUAUCCUCUAGAGCAGUGAUGUUUUGGGGCUGUUGCUGGGCAACACGGACUUUCAACUCCCUCCAAAGAUUUAUGUUUUUUUUAUUUUUUUUACUCAAAAUCUCACGAUACAUGGCCCCAUUCAUUCUUUCCUUUACGCGGAUCAGUCGUCCUGGUCCCUUUGCAGAAAAACAGCCCCAAAGCAUGAUGUUUCCACCCCCAUGCUUCACAGUAGGUAUGGUGUUCUUUGGAUGCAACUCAGCAUUCUUUGUCCUCCAAACACGACGAGUUGAGUUUUUACCAAAAAGUUAUAUUUUGGUUUCAUCUGACAAUAUGACAUUCUCCCAAUCUUCUUCUGGAUCAUCCAAAUGCUCUCUAGCAAACUUCAGACGGGCCUGGACAUGUACUGGCUUAAGCAGGGGGACACGUCUGGCACUGCAGGAUUUGAGUCCCUGGCGACGUAGUGUGUUACUGAUGGUAGGCUUUGUUGCUUUGGUCCCAGCUCUCUGCAGGUCAUUCACUAGGUCCCCCCGUGUGGUUCUGGGAUUUUUGCUCACCGUUCUUGUGAUCAUUUUGACCCCACAGGGUGAGAUCUUGCGUGGAGCCCCAGAUCGAGGGAGAUUAUCAGUGGUCUUGUAUGUCUUCCAUUUCCUAAUAAUUGCUCCCACAGUUGAUUUCUUCAAACCAUGCUGCUUACCUAUUGCAGAUUCAGUCUUCCCAGCCUGGUGCACGUCUACAAUUUUGUUUCUGGUGUCCUUUGACAGCUCUUUGGUCUUGGCCAUAGUGGAGUUUGUAGUGUGACUGUUUGAGGUUGUGGACAGGUGUCUUUUUAUACUGAUAACAAGUUCAAACAGGUGCCAUUAAUACAGGUAAUGAGUGGAGGACAAAGGAGCCUCUUAAAGAAGAAGUUACAGGUCUGUGAGAGCCAGAAAUCUUACUUGUUUGUAGGUGACCAAAUACUUAUUUUCCACCAUAAUUUGCAAAUAAAUUCAUAAAAAAUCCUACAAUGUGAUUUUUUGUUUUUUUCCCCCCUCAUUUUGUCUGUCAUAGUUGAAGUGUACCUCUGAUGAAAAUUACAGGCCUCUCUCAUCGUUUAAGUGGGAGAACUUGCACAAUUGGUGGCUGACUAAAUACUUUUUUGCCCCACUGUAUUUGUGGCGUGGGUGAAGUAGUUGAAUCAAAUACAAUGGAUAGAUGGAUCAGAAGAUGGAGUGUGGAAGAGAGUGAAUGAUGUUGCCAUGUAGAUACUGUGGAAUUGUAUUAGUGACCCCUGCUUAUUGUUUUUAUUUGACUUUUAAUUUUUUUUAAUUAGGGGGGGUAGAUCAGCUUUAACAUUGCAGAUAGAUUGUAGCUUCCAUCAAUAUGCAUCAUUUCUAAUCCCCCAUAUAUUUGUUUUGUAAAUAUAUAUUUUCCUUUAUUAUUUUCCCUUAACCCUACCACCACUCCCCUAAUUUGAGUAAACUAAUGGACAACAACACUUGGGCCUUUGAUGGACAUAGUGUAUUUUACAAUAGUUAUCUUUUGUUUGUUUUUAGUCCCAUCCUUCAGUUCCACUCAACCCCUCCCAUCUCUGAAGACCAUCCAGUUUUAAUUUCAUUUUACCAUAUUUUUAACUGUGCUGUUUCACAAAAGUUCUGAACCUAUAUACAUUUUACGGACACAGUAUAUUUUACAAUAGUUAUCUUUUGUUUGUUUUUAGUCCCAUCCUUCAGCUCCACUCGACCCCUCCCAUCUAUCUCUGAACACCAUCCAGUUUCGAUUUCUAUUUGCCAUAUAUUUUUCUGUGAUGUUUCUGAACCUUUCUAUUCUCAUAGUUUCUACAGCUUGUAAAUUAAAGAUACAUUUUUUUGCUAAAAGUAUUAUAUUAUUGAUGGAUUGAUUGACUUUUCAAAUCACCCAGCAGUGCUAUUUGCAGAGUUAGAUCCAGGUAAAUGUUGCUAUUCUUCAGCCAUUUAUUUAACUUUGUUUUAACUUGGAGUGCUUCUUUCAAUACACUACAAUGAGAAUGUGUAUUCUGAUCAUGUUUUGUACAACAUUUGCUGGUAAAGAGAUUGGGAAAGGGGAUAAGGGUGGGUGACAUUUUAGUAAACUGAAAAGGGCUUUUAUUUUGGGGAGAUUUUAGUCUAAACUAGCAUGGCUUGUCCAGAAGCAGUUCUGGUUUCACAAGUUUGCUUCCAAGUCUCCCGUUAAUGUCAAAGGUUAAUUAAAAUAUAAUACAAUAACUAAAAUUAAUCCGGGCACUAAUACUGCUUGGUAGUGGUUUUAAGAAGUCUAUUCCUGUACAUGUUAACACUUGCUUCAAACUGUACACAAUGCUUGGUAAUAUUUCAGUCUCUGUCUUGUCUAUUGUUCAAUGGUCUUGGAUCAUUGUCAAUUCCAGGAAAGUUCUUUCUUCAGCUUCUGUGUUAUAAAGAAAUGCUUAAAGUUAGCUUUAUUUUCUGGACUUUUUCCUUAUUUUCAAAUAACUCCAUACAAAAACCUGUUGACUUAUCUAUGACAUUACUGUGCAAUUUACAAGUUUUCUGCAAUUGUGUUCUUAACCAAAUGUAAAACUCCAACCUUUCUCCUGUUUACUACUAUGGAAAGUGGUUUUUCCAAGUUCUCUGGGACCUUGAUCAUAUGUGGACAGUUGCCACACAAUGUAAAAAGGUGACCGAUUCUGUGCUCUGUCUGCAAUGAGUACAAUACAUUGUAGUUACCUCCUACGUCCCUAGUUCUGGCUACGUCAGAACUAUGGGGAUGUUUGUAUGUUGCAGUUCUCAUUCCUUUUGAUAAAUGUUGUCGUUUUUAAAUUCCUUUUGUCAAAAAUCAAUGUGGCUUGAUCUGGGCCUGUUUCAACAAGGACCUUCAGCGCAGUGCCCAGUCAGGGCAAUACCAUGUUAACUACUACUAUAUCAUAUACUGAAAUUCAAGCCUCCUUUCAGGGUUUCUGUCUCCUGAGUUUUUUCCCCCUUUGGUCCAUCAAGCCUGCUUGUCACUUUCCUAAUUCCUGCUGAUGUAACUAGAGGAAAAUAAGUGAUUGCAGUGCUUUCAGCUCGUUUCGGAAUUUAUCUUUAGAAUUACCUUGAAGGUAGUCUGGAUGUGUUAUAUUUGAAAGUUGGUUUUGUGCAUUGAGGUGAGAACCUUGUUCAAAUUGACAGCUUCAUUUAUUGGUUUGCAAAAUCUGGAGACAAGACCUUCGUGUGAUUGUAAUUCUUCCAGUCCUUUGACUAUAGAUCAGUGCUCAAACAUGUUGGGAAGUAGAUGAUUGAGAACAGACAAAUCAAGAAUUUGAUUCAGAUAAACUAUGUACAUUUUGAUUAAACCAAACAGUGAACGAUGUAAGGGAAACCGACUGGAUUGGGUGGGGCACCCUAAACACUAGCACAAUUCCUUUCUUAGGCUACAACCAAGAAAAUGUUUACAACUGGUGCAGGGGAAAUUCUUAACUGAGAAUGAUCUAGACUUAGUUUCUACAUUGUUGUAUGUCCUGUAUAUAUAAAUAAAGCAUUGAAAACA